AUGGAUCGCCAGCGGAAAAGGGAGCUUCGUGACCUGAACGAGCGCGCUUGGGCGGGUGAAACUGAUGUAUUCACCACCAGCAAGUCCCUCGACUCAGCGCUCAAGAAAAACACUGCCUUUAUCAAGCGACUUCGCACAGGCAUCAGCGCCUCCGCCCUUUCCACUUUCCUCGCUGAUAUCCGCACACUCUCCCUCCACAAGUACCUCUCCGAGAUCAUCUCCGCCUGCUACGAAGGCCUUUGCAAACUCAAAUCCCCCGGGGAAAUAGCCGCAGGAGUAGAGGUUGUCAGCGCGCUGCACCAGCGGUUUGGACCAUGGGAGUUCACGCGCCAGAUCGGUUGGCUACUCGGCCGGGGGCUGAGCACACCGGAUAAAGCGCAGCUCAAGGCCCUCAGCCAGGAAAUUCGCGAACGCGAAGAGAAAGACCGUUUGUCUCGGCACCGCGUUCUUCUCCGUGUCGUUACGGAGCUUUGGCUGGUCAAUGUGUUGAAGACACUUGAUGAUGUUGAACGGCCUGAGGAUCUGGGCGCGAAGGGCAAGGAGGGCGGUGUUGGAAUCGGCAGCAAAGCGCCAGACGCCCCGCUGAAAGCCAAGACGCCCGCUGCUGGAUCCAAAGACCAGGACAAGCAAGCUGAGCCGUUUCCACUAGAGGUUCUUAAGGAGUUGCUCGGACAUGACCGUGAUCACACCAACCUUCCCCUGGCAGUCUUGUUCGUUAAGAGCUUUAGCUGGGAUAUCGUUGGUGCGAAGCUUGCUGAAGAUGGCAGGAAGACUGUUGAGGCCGAUGGCGCAACUUCCUCUGGCGCGGAUGCGCAGACCUCUGAAAUCAAUGAUGUUUCCGCAGAAAUGGAUCUGCCUUUGACCCCAGAGAAGACCCAGCAGCGGUUUAGGAAUAUCCUGAGUCGAUAUCUUGAAGAUGUUAAGGCUCAUGUGGUUCGUGACCAGAGAGCGCUGGCCCAGCAAAAUCGCCGUAAUGCCGAGGCAUACGUGAAGAGCGGCGAGAUCUUCGAAGACCGCCAAGCCAAUUUCGAAAAGCAGUCUAAGGUUCUGGAGAAGCUUGUAGCCAAUACUCAGGUGCUGUGUGAAGCUCUCGGUACUGAGAUGCCCGAUAUCGCCGAGAAGGAGACCACCGAUGCUUCAACAAGCGGUGGUAUUGGGCUUGUGAAGACCACCGAUUAUCUCCGAGGCCAGGGCGAAGGUGCUGGAAUUUGGGAGGACGAAGAAGAAAGACGAUUCUACGAGAAUCUAGUCGACCUGAAGGGCAAGGUGCCAGCCAUGCUUCUUGAAGAUGGCAAAAAGAAGAAGAGCGAGGCCGAGGAAGCGGGCAAAAAGAAGCCAGAUGGUGAACCAGCUGACUCCACGGCCGAGCCGGUGGAUGAUACUUCUGUCGCAGAAACGGAUGACCAGUCGACCGCCAUUGCCAGCAAGUCUGUUGGCGCGCAGGUGGACUCUCUCCUCGCAAAGCUUCCUGAACUUCAGACCAAAGAUCAAGUCGACCAGUUCGCUCUGGAUUUCUGCUGGGUUAACUCUAAAGCAUCACGAAACAGGCUAGUCAAAGCCGUCUCGGACAUCCCCAAAGGUCGCAUCGAUCUUUUGCCUCUCUAUUCCCGCCUGGUAGCCACGCUAGGACAGUACUUGCCGGAUAUCCCGCAAGGAAUAACCGCUUAUCUCGACGAGGAGUUCCGAAGUCUACAGCGGCGCAAGUCGAAGGAGUUCCUCGGCCAAGUACGCAUGGCCAAUGUACGCUACCUGGCCGAGUUAACCAAGUUCGGCGUUGUUCCGGAGCAUAUCAUCUUCCAUUGCUUCAAAGUCUCGCUCGACGAAUUUUCGCGCAUGAACAUUGAGAUCAUCGGUCAUUUGCUCGAGAACUGUGGUCGUUACUUGCUACGCAACCCGGAAACAUCCCCACGGAUGGCUUCUUUCCUUGAGACUCUGAGCCGAAAGAAGACUGUUCAACACCUCGCCCAACAGGAGCGGAUGGUCAUCGAAAAUGCCAUCUACUACGUUGACCCACCGCCACGACCAGCGAUCCAGCAGAAGGAACGCACACCGAUGGAGCAGUACAUUCGUCGCUUAAUCUACCUAGAUAUGAACAAGCGCAAUUACACCAAAAUCUUGAAGGCUAUUCGCAAACUUCACUGGGAAGAGCGUGAGGUCGUUGACAUUCUAGAACGUGUGUUCAGCAAACCGGUCAAGGUGAAGUAUGGCAGCAUUCACCUUUUAGCUAUUCUUGUCAGCGCUUUGUACCGGUACCACCAAGAUUUCGUCAUCGGCAUUGUCGACAACGUUCUGGAGCAGGUAACGCUCGGUCUUGAGCAGAACGACUUCAAGUUUAACCAAAAGCGCAUUGCGGAAAUCAAGUACCUGGGUGAGCUUUAUAACUACAAGAUGAUUGAUUCUCCAGUCAUUUUCGAUACACUCUACCGUAUUAUUACCUUUGGUCACGAAGGCGGUACUCCGGUCCCUGGAAGAAUCAGUAUGCUGGACAUGCCAGAUGACUACUUCCGCCUGCGGUUAGCGUGCACCCUUCUUGAUACAUGUGGCCACUGCUUCGACCGAGGUUCAGCCAAGAAGAAACUAGAUUUCUUCCUUGCUUUCUUCCAGUAUUACCUAUUCACCAAGGAUCCUUUACCCAUGGAUGUCGACUUCCUUGUCCAGGAUACCUACCACUCUAUCCGCCCGCAGUGGAAGCUUGCGAGCGAUGCCGAAGAAGCGACCCGCAUUUUCAGCGAGGCUGUCGCCCUGAACUACAACGUCCAGGAUUCCGAGAGACCCGUUGAAGCUGACGAGGAGGAGGCGGAAAGCAGCUCGUCUGACGAGGACCUUGAGGAGGACGUGAACGAAAUCGACGAAGACCAGGAAUCUAGCGAUGAGGCCGAAGUAGGUCCCCCAACCCCCGUGUACGACUUCCAUUUUUUUAACCAGUCACAGGCAUCUGGGCCCAAUGCAGAGGCGAAUGACGAAAGCGAGAGCGAGUUCGAAGAUGAGGACGAGCAAAUUGUCGUCACGCGCCAAGAAGAGGAGCGAGAUCCUGUGACCGAGGCUGAGUUUGAUCGAGAAUACGAAAAGAUGAUGGCCGAAAGCAUGGACUCGAGACGAUUCGAGCGCAAGACCGUCUUUGACAUUCCCCUGCCCAUGAAGCGUCCUCUCCGUGAAAACAUGCCCAGUGAUUCUAGUCCGGAGCCAGUCCCAGCCGAAUUAGUCCCACCAUCGACAAUGGCCUUUUCCCUGAUGACGAAGAAGGGCAACAAGCAACAGACCCGGACUAUCGAUCUCCCAUCGGACUCGACCUUUGCCAUUGCUAUGCGAAGCCAGCAACAAGCCGAUCGCGAAGAGCAGCAACGCAUCAAAAAUCUGGUCCUAAACUACGAGGCUUCCAAUGAACCCGAACCAACCGAGAGUGAGAAUUACCCCAUGGAGAAUGAUAACCGAAAGGACUCCCCACUGAGAUAUCGUAAAGCAGCAACCCAGGAGAAACGUACCCCAGCAAGCCAACGAAUGGACAAAGCCGGUGCCAACAGGUCCGCCUUCCGCUCUCGCAAACUCCAGCUCAGCGAUGUCAACUGGUAA